UAUUUAUUUCCCGACCCACCGGCCAUGUCCUUCCACCCCCAGUUCAUCCCACACUCAGCCCAUAUCGACAGGGACCCGGCGACCUUGUCCAACUACCUCGCCAUCGUCACAAAGCACAUUGACCUCGACUGGACUAUCGAUUGGGACAAGCAGGUCUUUGGCGGGUCUGCGACGCUCACGCUUGAGGCGAGGGAGGAUGGUGUCAACGAGGUGGUGUUGGAUAGCAGCUUUUUGGACAUCAGCAAAGUUGAGGUGGACGGAGAAGUUGCUGAGUACAAGCUCGGCAAGGCGAUUGAGAUUAUGGGUGAGGGGUUGACUGUUUCCCUCCCCAGAGCUGUCUCCAAAGGUUCUUCCAUUUCCGUUAAAGUCACCUACUCGACCACUUCCAAUGUACCGCCGUUGGAUGGCUCACUCCUCAGCAGACCAAAUCUGGUAAAUACCCCUACCUCUACUCCCAAUGCCAGGCUAUUCAUGCGAGGAGCAUGCUUCCUUGCCAAGAUACGCCUGCGGUCAAGGCGACUUAUGGUGCCAGGGUCCGUUCUGGUAGGGGUUUGGAAGUGUUGAUGAGUGCGUUGAGGAAAGAUACUGUUGACCUUGGGGAUGGUAUUACGGAAUUUAUCUAUGAUCAGCCCGUUGGCAUCCCGAGCUACCUCAUCGCCAUCGGUGCAGGCGAACUCACCUACAAACCAUUCGACAAGCUCUCUGGCCGGAACUGGAAUACCGGCUGCUGGACCGAACCCGGAAACAUGGACGCUGCCUAUUGGGAAUUCCACAAGGACACUGCCAACUUUGUCGCUACCGCCGAGGACCUCGCGUCCGAGUACAAGUUUGGCGUUUACGACGUCCUCUUCCUCCCCGAGUCCUUCCCUUACGGCGGAAUGGAAAACUCUUGUCUCACUUUCGCCACACCGACCAUCAUUGCCGGUGACCGAUCCCAGGUAGACGUUGUCGCUCAUGAGAUUAGUCACUCGUGGUUCGGUAACGGGAUCGGGUGUGCGUCAUGGCGACAUUUCUGGUUGAAUGAAGGAUGGACGACCUACCUCGAGCGAUUGAUCAUCCGCGCUACCCACGGCGAACAGGCUCGUCAAUUGUCUUUUACUGUCGGUCGACGGGGGUUGGUCGAUGACCUUGCCCGAUUGGAGUCUCGGUUCCAACGAUUGGUCGCAGAGUACAAGGAUUACGAGGAUCCUGAUGAGGGGUACAGUCAGGUACCGUAUGAAAAGGGCGCAAACUUUUUGUAUUACCUCGAACAGACUGUGGGAGGUCUCGAAAUUUUCUUGCCGUACAUGAAGGAUUACGUCAAGACUUUUGAGGGAUAUGCGAUCACCACUGAGCAGUGGAGGGGCCACUUGUUCCAUUACUUUGGUAGUUUAAAGAAUGGGGAAGAGAUAGUGCGAAAGUUGGGCAAGGUUGAUUGGGACGAGUGGCUUCACGGUGACGGUGGUGAUCUUUGUGUUGAUAUCAAGUACGACGACACGCUGUCCAAAGCUUGCUACGACCUCGCUGAGAGGUGGAAUCAUGCCAGGGACAGCGAAGACUUUUCCGAUUUCUCACCCAAGGAUGUUGAGAAUUUCUCUACUACCCAGAAAGUGAUCAUGCUCGACCGACUCGAGACCUACCCCGCUUUCCCUCCCAAAGCGGUCUCUGCUCUGGAUAAGGCCUACUCUCUCUCUUCCACCGGUAACGCCGAGAUCGCCCUCCGUUUCUUUGAGAUUGCACUCAAAUCUUCUGCUGAUUAUGCCGAAAAGGCGGCCGAAUGGGUCGUUUCCAAAGGAAGGAUGAAGUUCUGCCGACCAGUUUUCAGGUUGUUGAAUGAGCAAGCACCAGAGUUGGCGAAGAAGACGUUUAUGGAGCAUGCCGGGUUUUAUCACCCUAUUGCGAGGAAGAUGAUUGCAAAGGAUCUCGGCCUCAAGGUAGAGUAAUGUAAGAGUUUAUUUUUUGGGGGGGUGGGGGCUACGUUUUUGACAAGCUGUCAUGAAUUUCUAUCUGUAUACAGGAUAUGCUUUAGUGUGUUCGUCGUGCAUUCUACAUGAUUCUAAUGUGAUCCGCUCAAUGCAGGGUCCACCACCCCUUCUACCGCCUUUUCCCCCGCUUUACUCCCAGCCACAGCCCCAGCCCCAACUCCACCUUUCAUCCUUCCAACCAGUACUGCCGCUGCCCUCCUAAAGUUCUUUACCUCCUCCUCAGUCGCGAGCCCACACGCCGCCCACCUCACUUUAGCGUUAUGAUCCACUAAGAAGAUGUACCCCAAUAGACUGUUACCAAGUCCGAGAGGCUGGAUGACGUCGAUAGGCGACCAGGAGCCGGUGGAGAUUAGAUAUGUAGGCCACUGGUGUUCAGGGAUAAUACGUUUGAGGGAAGAGGUGAAGAAGGAUACGAGGAGAGAUUUGAGAGCGUUGGGUUGAUGGUUGAUCUGGGAGAGAUAUAUUGUCAAUUGGCUGGGUGAUAUGUCCACCGGAGAACAAAAGGAAACACCACAGAAAUGGACAGAUAUCAAGGAGGAGGCUAACUCACAGUAAGAUACUGGAAAUCCGGGUGCCCUUCCAAAUCCUCCAGUACAGGCUGAACGAAAGACUGAACGUGCUCUUCUGAUAAUCGGGUGGAGAUGAUAGCCACAAGUGUUGCCUUGCCCCUGAACAAGUCCGUUGUAUGGACAUUCUGUCCAAGAAGGGAUUUACCAGAAAUGUCGGGGAAGUAGUUUGCUUUCUAUUUUUCCCGUCAAGAUUAGUGGUCGAGAAGAACGGAUCGGGCGAUGGAAAGUACACACGUCUUCGCGAAUGAGAACAUUCGGCGCUAUCCAGAGUUUACCACCCCUUGCUGUUCUAGCUUGAUUAUAAUCGUGGAAAUACCCUUGCUUCGCUUCAUGUA